GUCGCAGCCGCAGCGGGCGGGUGGAGCGCGGUGCGUGUGCGCGGCCCGGCCCCGGCUCAUUACUCAGCGGUCGAAGCAGAGGCAGCGGCGGCGUGGGGGUGAUCAGAAGCAAAUUUUGGAUGAAGCAAUUUAACUAAGUUGCCGUCAUGAGCAGAAGCAAGCGGGACAACAAUUUCUACAGCGUUGAAAUUGGAGACUCUACUUUCACUGUGUUGAAACGAUAUCAAAACUUAAAACCAAUAGGAUCAGGAGCACAAGGGAUUGUAUGUGCAGCUUAUGAUGCCAUCCUUGAACGAAAUGUUGCCAUCAAGAAGUUAAGCCGACCAUUUCAGAACCAAACUCAUGCUAAAAGAGCCUACAGAGAACUUGUUCUUAUGAAGUGUGUUAAUCACAAAAAUAUAAUUGGCCUACUGAAUGUGUUCACACCACAAAAAUCCCUGGAAGAAUUUCAAGAUGUCUACAUAGUGAUGGAGCUCAUGGAUGCAAAUCUCUGCCAGGUGAUUCAGAUGGAGCUAGAUCAUGAACGAAUGUCCUAUCUUCUUUAUCAAAUGCUGUGUGGUAUUAAACAUCUUCAUUCAGCUGGAAUCAUACAUAGGGAUUUAAAGCCCAGUAAUAUAGUAGUAAAGUCAGACUGCACUUUGAAGAUUCUUGACUUUGGACUGGCCAGAACUGCAGGAACUAGUUUUAUGAUGACGCCUUAUGUAGUGACUCGUUACUACAGAGCACCAGAGGUCAUCCUAGGGAUGGGAUACAAAGAAAACGUUGACAUUUGGUCAGUUGGGUGCAUCAUGGGAGAAAUGAUCAAAGGUGGUGUUUUAUUUCCUGGUACAGAUCAUAUUGAUCAAUGGAAUAAAGUUAUAGAGCAGCUAGGAACGCCAUGCCCUGAAUUUAUGAAGAAAUUGCAGCCUACUGUCCGAACAUAUGUGGAGAACAGACCUAAAUAUGCUGGAUAUAGCUUUGAAAAACUCUUUCCAGAUGUUCUUUUUCCAGCUGACUCUGAACACAAUAAGCUUAAAGCAAGUCAAGCAAGGGAUUUGUUAUCAAAAAUGCUGGUUAUAGACGCAUCUAAAAGAAUCUCUGUGGAUGAAGCCCUGCAGCAUCCAUACAUCAAUGUUUGGUAUGAUCCAUCAGAAGCAGAAGCUCCUCCGCCAAAGAUCCCAGAUAAGCAGUUAGAUGAGAGGGAACACACGAUAGAAGAAUGGAAAGAGUUGAUAUACAAGGAAGUCAUGGACCUGGAAGAGAGAACCAAGAACGGGGUUAUACGUGGACAACCAGCCCCUUUAGGUGCAGCAAUGAUCAAUGGCUCUCAACAUCCAUCUUCGUCGUCAUCUGUCAAUGAUGUGUCUUCAAUGUCAACAGAUCCAACAUUGGCCUCUGAUACAGACAGCAGUCUAGAAACUUCAGCUGGACCUCUAGGUUGCUGUAGAUGACUACUUGGUUUUUGGGGGGUUGGGAGGGGGGUCCUUCUAAUUGUUAAUAGGGCACCUUUAAAAUUUGGUGGUAUUUUUGAGUGUUUUUUCAAAAAUAACUGUAGAAUCCAUUAUAAAGUGCUGUACUUUUAAACUGUAAGUUGUGUUAAAAGCAGCCACUUUUUUUUUCUUUGCUGUAAUUAACUGUAAAGUAUUAAACCUGAUAAUUUUUAUGGUGGUUUUAAAAUGUGCAUAUUUGCUUUACUAUUAUGCUGCUGAUCUUUUUUUACUGAAUUUGUAAGAUUUGUUUUAUCAAAGCACAUGUUAAUGUUGUGGUCAUUACCAUACAAUGAAUUAUUUAAGAUUUUAUAGGUUUAAAUUUUUUUUAUUAGAAUUUAUUCCAUAUGUUUUGUUCAUGAUAUCCUUCAAAGUUUUAUGCUUGGUCAUACAUCUGUGUCCAGGUGGAGGGAGAGAGAAUUCAGUGCAGUCAGUUGUAGUUUUGGGCAUGAUACUGUGGUGCUGGCAAUCCACAAAGUCCUCCUAUUUUGGCCACUUGCCUAGAAAAACUUCAGCAAAAGCAACCAGUAGUAACUUUUUAAUUUGAUGUUUUUCUUUAGAAAAAUAGUCUACAAUCCUUUGCAAAGUAACCUCAUCUGAAUGGUUUAACGAACUUAAGAAAGCAGAGCGUAUCUCCAAAGCUGCAGAAAUAUCUAGCCUAACAAAAUGAUGUGAUGUUUUCUGCAGAGCUGUGGCAUGCCAAAUCUUGUGAUCACCAUAAAACACGAGGAUACUUCAUGAAUAAUACAUCGCAAUGCAAAUAAACUGUUUACUUCUAGCUUGUAGCCUGUUUUUGUACACACAAAAUGAAGUGUAUCCAGGAUGUCUAGACUGCCGUGAGGGGAAACAAAAAUGCUGUAGCUAUCUUUCUUGUCAGAUGUGAUUCUUGGGAGUUAGGUUUAUUACUAGUUUUGUCUACUGAGGCAAGUGCUUUUGGGGGAGAAGAGGGAAUGACCUGAAUACAAUAGGGGCAAAACUCAGCUGUCUCCACUGAAAGUAACUGAUUGCUAGAAACAAUUAAGGGGUAGGAAGAACCUCAGGAUUUCUGUAUCUAAUGCAUUAAGUGAGCAAUAUAUGCCAUCCAAAGGAGGGGGAGGUAGAGCUGUAUAAAUUAACAUUUAUCUUUCAUUUCACCAUGAGACCAGUGCAGCAGAAAUAUUAAUAGUGGUUCAUUUUCAAUCAUAAAUAUUCAGUAGUUUUCAGCACUGAAGCCCCAGGUUUCAAUAUAGUUUUUAAACAAAAGAGAUACUGAAAUACAUAGAACAGUUACUAAAAGUCAUGUAAAAUGGUGCUGCUCCUCACAGAAGUAUUUUAACUGUUUACAUUUUAUAUUUACAGAAUGAUUUUAUGUAUAACUGACUUAAGUUAUGUAUGAGUUAAUCGUUCAGAAUUUAUUCCUUUGGAAAAUGCAGAUAUUUAGUGAAACUAGGCUGUAUAAUUGAUUGCCUUAUGUAGAUGCAUAUUUUGUGUAGUGAAUUAGAAUGUGAAGAGGAAUUUAAAUUAGUAAUGCUCACAAAAAUGAACAUUAAAAAUAUCCAGAAGUCUUGCCAGGUGCAGAGCAUAGACAAAUAAAGUAACUGGCUGCAGAGGCCAUCCAGGAACGCCUGAUGAUCUUCAGCAUGGUUCCUUCUGCUUGCUGGGUUAAGUAGGUGUCUUUUUGAAGUUCUGAUUGGAAGGAGGAAAAUGUCUUUGCAGUACAUUCCAGAGAAAUAGAGGUGAUAGUAAUGCUUUCAAUAUCUAACAUGUCUCUUUAAAAAGCAUACAGGGUUACAAGGAAUGCUCAUAGAUGACUAAAUUGAUAAGCUGCACAGUUGUUUUCCUGGCCUGGUUAGACUGCUGGUAAGUGCUGUGUGCUUGUAAUUUUGCUUUCCUCACUUGUAUCCAAUACUUCAAUAUUGCCUUUUUAAACCACAUUUGUUAAGGCAAUAAUUUUUACAGGAUCCUGCCAAAUUGUGUAUUACCUCAGAACAGGCAGGACAUGUUUGGAUUUAUCUAGCACUGGAAUGUAGAAAAUCUUCUCAAGUUGAACAGAGCCUAACAGAAUGGUCUAUUUUGUAAUUUUUUUUAAAUCAAAGUUUAAGCUGUGAAUUAAGCCAAAAUUUUUGAUCCUACAACAAUACUCCAUUGUUAUAUAGAGCCAAAUGAUAUUCUGGUCAACACAGUGUAAUGACGUUAAGACUGACAGAGUGAACUUCUGAUGCCUCUAAGUGCUGUUAAGAACAGAAUUCAGUAAAUAUAAAUCCUAUUUACAUUUA